GCUCGAAGGCGCCGGCCGAGCCCUCCCCAUUUUCCACUCACAUGCCCGACCUGACACUCGGCGCGCCCUUGCCCCGGGCCAGCGAUGCGGCUGCUCGGCGCCGUGACCGCCUGGACGGUGGUCGUCCUGUUUGUGGCAUGCCCAGACGCGGUCGCCGCGAAGAAGUCCAGAAAAGCUAGGAAGGCCAAGGCUCCCAAAGCAGCCGAGGAAAAGAAGACUGCUGGACCUGAUGCGAAGUUGAGCAAGGAGGAGCUCGGUCAGCUGUUCAUGAAGGAGAUGGACAAAGACAAAGACGGCUACCUGAGCAAGAAGGAGUUCAUGGCACUCUCGGAGGGGCCGCUCGCCGACAAGGAGGGCUUCAACGUCGAUCUGGCGUUCGCGAGAGUAGACAAGAACCGCGACGGCGUAGUCGACGCGGACGAGGCAGCCGAAUUCUACAAGAUGGCGGCCGAGCUGCCAGACGACGAGGCCGAGGCCGAGGCAAAGGUCGCCAAGCACGCGGCGGAACUAUGAGCGUUUGUGCUGGAGCACCGUCUCACCUUCGCUCCGUCUCCCAGGCCACGUCUCGAUCCUUGCGCUCGCUGAUGGCAGGCUGGCUCGGGCGGCGUCCCCGGUCUUGCCUGGCGGUCCUGGCCCGCAGCGCCCGUCCACCCCAUGGAGACUGCUCAGGUCGCCACAGUGCUCUCCCGGGGUCUGCGUCUCUCUCUCUCUCGCCUCCUCGCACGCGUCUCUCUCGUUCCUCCUCCAUGAGGCCUUCUCCUUCCCAUCUCUCCCCCUCGCUCGCGGCCGAUGAGGCAGCGAGAGGCGUCUCUCUCUGGCCAAAAUCUCUGUCGUUCCUGCGCCUUUGGCCUUCCAUGGGCUGCUCGGAGCCGCCGGCGGUCCUGCCGCAGCGCCUCCCAAGAAGUGCUGCUCUCGGACCACCACGGCUGCCACAUACCGAGGGAGCUCCGCGCCGCGCUGGGGAA